CCCGCCUCUCCGGCCUCUCUCUCCUAACUCCUAACGUGUCCGCCUCGCCCCCCACCCGUCCGUCUCCCACCUCCUCGCCCUCUCUCUGAUGAUCUUUUCCCCUCUCCGCGCCCCUCGCAUUAUAUCGCCGUGCUGCUAGAAGCCAGCCGAGAACCGGUGGAGGUGCUCCACUGCGUACGGAUCGAUCGUAUCGGGCCACCGUACCGCGGGGGGUUCUUUGUCAAGUGGGCUAGCUGCUGCUCGGUCGAGAUCGGCUGCAUGGCGUCCUCCGGCGGCGUCGAAGCGGUCCCGGAUCAUCAGGUGGUGGAGCUGGAGCAGCGGCCGGCCGAGGCACGCGACGGCGGUGAAAGCGGUUCGCCAGCGGCGGCGACCACGACGGAAGGGAGCCGGCCGAUGCUGCUGCUGCAGGAGCAGCAGCAUGGUGACGAGGCGGUGGUGGCGCCCGAGCAGCAAUCGUACGCGGAGGUGCCGGCGUCGGAGGAGGAGCCAACCAAGCCGCAGCAGGAGACGCCGGUGGCUGAGGAGGAGGUCGUGGAGCCCGAUGAUGAGGAGAUGAGCACGCGGGAGAGGCUGAAGCGGCACAGGCGGGAGAUGGCCGGGAGGGUGUGGGUGCCCGAGAUGUGGGGGCAGGAGAAGCUGCUCAAGGACUGGGUGGACUGCGCCGUCUUCGACCGCCCGCUGGUGCCGACGGGCCUGCUCACGGCGCGCCGGGCGCUCAUCGCCGAGUGCUGCACGCGCCGCCCGGACCCGACGUCGUCGCCGGCCUCCUCCGCCGGAUCCAGCCCGCUGCGGGUGCCGAACGGCUGCUCCUGAUCGAGUGAUCCUCCGAUCCUCUCUACCUUCCAUUAGCUAGCUAGCUUGCCUGGUCAAUAAGCUUCUCUCCUUUUUAUUAGCUUCUUCUUGUUUCUUGAGUUGAGAGAAGGUGGGUCUAGUCUCUCGUGUUUAAUUUCUGAAUUCUGAUCAUCACAAUGUAAAUUACAAACAAACUUGAUUAGCUUACCAGUACCGCUAAUAACUAUCUGUUUAAAGUGAUCGAUGAAUGCAUACUUCUGUUUGUUGCUUGCUCGA